GUAGCCCGUCUGUGUGUCUAGCUUGUCUGCAGCCGGACAGCAGCAGCUCGGCGGACACAGCCAGCAGCAGCUGCUCGGUCCUAAUGGAUGUGCGCCGCGGUAGUCAGUCUGGUGGUUAAAUAUGGAAUAUUUGCACGGAGAGGACAGACAACCUUGCGCACCCGAGAGGAAGGAAAGGGCUGUAGCCCCGCAAAUUACAAAACCAUAUAAACCCGCGGUUACUUAUGGCUUCUGGCUCGGAGGAUGACGGAGGGAACACGAUGGGCGCUUCGUGGAGACACAUAGGGCCGGCCUCGGAGCUUUCCAAGAAGCCCUGCCGUCUAAUGUACUCCCCUGUCGGCCGCGACAGCGAUGUCUGCCUCUUUUAUGUCAAUGGGCAGUUUUUUGCCAUGGACGCCCGCUGUGCUCACUCCGGUGGUCCUCUGUGUGAGGGGGACAUAGAGGAGGCUGAUGGAGUCUUGCAGGUCUUCUGCCCCUGGCAUGACUACGGCUAUGAUCUCAAAACUGGGAAGUCAAGCACAUCAUUAGAGCAACAAGUUUAUGAAGUAAAGCUGGUGGAUGGCGACGUGUACGUCAAGCACGCAACUCAUCUCUCCCUCAGGCCGUUUCCAGCAAAUCAGAAAAACUGAGUUAUUUCAGCACAGCUGGUUCAUCCUAUUUCUAAGACUUUUUCCACAAGCAAAAGUCACCCGAAAACAUUCCAGAGCCUUAUCUCUCUUGUUCUCAGAGCUGCUUCUACUUUGCUGUUGACUCGGGAUUAAGGAGACAGUUUGAAGAGGACAUGACAUCCUGAAGUUGUUUUUCUCGCUACCACGAAAGGUUUAGCACAAGCUAUGAAGAUGAAGAGUUCGGACCUAACAGGUUUUCUCUACAAAAAAUUGAAUAGCAGCAAAAAGUUAUUUGCAAGAGUAUUUCUGGACAGUUCCACAUUUUGUUAUGUUGCACCCACAAAUUUCAUGUAUUUUAUGUUUUUUACAAAUGAAACUCUAAAAAGUCUGUUGUGCUGUUGAUUUGACCCUCCUUUAUAUGAUACUCAAAAUCAAGAACCACCAACUGCUUUCACAAGUGAUUUAAUUACUAAAUAUUUGUGUGUAAUUCUCACUACAACAAUAAAUCUCAUUCCAAAUGUA